AUGGACUUCCAAUACGUUAACGGUAAACCCAGCGGAUGGCACGAGAAAAAGCUCCGCAAAGAUGGUUGGCGUUGGGUCAACACCAACUCGAUCGGCCCUACCACUCAAGCUGGCACACACGGGUCGACCCAUGCGCCCGACCGUCUAGAACCGCACAGUCAUCACAGUCUUAACACUCACCUAGUUGUCCAAGGCGACCUUACGAUCAAAGAACAUCGAGGCCGCAGCACCGACCCAAAAGAUAGUGUGUACGCGACGAUAUCUUCCCACGGCGGCUAUCCAGAGCACUUCGUGAAGCCGCAGGUCAAGUACUCAGCUACCUCAAAAGCAGGCUGUACCUUCGUCGAAGGCCACCGCUCUCUCAGCCCCAGCACGGCAGAGCGUUUCAUGGCUCGCGGCGCCUUGCGGGCCACGGAGUCGAACGGCGACUAUGAUUUCGCACCAUACCAAGACACCAUCAGGAGCUGGCUCAGAAGCGCCAAGUUCAACCCCCGAGGGAAAGCACGGCCUUGUUGUGAGUAUUGUGGCCAACUCCCUAUCUUGGAGUAUGCCAUCGCGCCGAGAUCGGAUCUCGAGCGGUGGAUGCAGGAGGGCAUUGCGAAGUGGUUUGAAAAUGAGUGGAGGAAGAGUUCCUGCUAG